UUCUCGACAUUGUCUGCUUUUCCGCCGUGUGGCCGAUUUCUCGUGGAAUUUCAUCUUUACUACACUAUUUAUUGUAUUUCGAAUAGUGUCACAAGAUUUAACUCAUCAUGGGGCCAAAAACUAAUUCUGGCGCUAGCAAAGCCAAAGUGGAAAACAAGAAAAAGGAAAAAAUCAUAGAGGACAAGACAUUUGGUCUGAAAAAUAAAAAAGGGGGUAAAAAUCAAAAGUUCAUCGCCCAAGUGCAACAACAAGUGAAACAUGGAGGUAGCGCUGCAGCCAAGAAACUGGAAGAUGAAAAACGGUUGCAGAAGGAAAAGAAAGAGGCUGAGUUGAAAGCACAAAAGGAAAUGCAAGAUCUUUUCAAGCCUGUGCAAACUGUACAAAAGGUAGAAAAAGGAGCCGACCCUAAAUCUAUUUUGUGUGCAUUCUUCAAGCAAGGAACUUGUGGGAAAGGUGACCGUUGUAAGUUUUCCCAUGAUUUGGAAAUUGAACGCAAAGCUGAAAAGAGGAGCUUGUAUUGUGAUGUGCGAGAUGAUGACAAGGAGGGAACCAAUGAAGAUUGGGAUGAAGAGAAGCUUAAAGAAGUCAUUGAGAAAAAGCAUGCUGAGGAUGACAAGAAAAAAACCAAGACAGAUAUUAUCUGUAAACACUUUUUGGACGCCGUAGAGAAGAAUAAAUACGGUUGGUUUUGGCAGUGCCCGUCAGGUGAAUCAUGUAUUUACCGCCAUGCACUUCCUCCAGGAUUUGUUUUGAAAAAGGACAAGAAAAAGGAGGAUAAGAAGGAAGAAAUUUCUUUAGAAGAUUUAGUUGAAAAGGAACGUGCAGCUUUGGGACCAAAGCAAACGAAAGUGACGCUCGAGACUUUCCUUGCUUGGAAGAAACGAAAGUUACGUGAACGAGAAGAAUCCAAUACCAAGGAGAACACUCGCAAGCAAGCAGCUUUCAAGGCUGGAAGAUCUGUUGGUAUUUCCGGUCGUGAGAUGUUUACCUUCAAUCCCGAUUUGGCACGAGAUGAUGAAAUGGAGGAUGGCGAUGAAGCCUUCGAUACGGCCAACCUUCCCACAGAGGAGGAAGAAGCUGACGUGUACCGUGAGUUGGAUCUGAACGAUCUAGCCUGCGUAGGCACUGAUGUUGACGGCUCGGGCACGGUUGCACCUGCCGCUCGAGAAUAUCAAUUAGUAGACUCGAAAGCACCGACCAAUGGCAAUGCUGAAAGUCUCGACGAAGCUGCAGCCAGCGUACCCAUCGACGAAAACCUGUUUGCUGAUGAAGAUGAUCUUGACGACCUUGAAGACGAGCUUGAUGAAUUGGACGUCAACGAUUAAACAAGUGUAGCAUCACCCCCAACUCUUCAUUUACCCUCAUUAUCAAGGAAAAUGAAAUCUUCUAAUUUUACAACGGGAAUUGGGAAGUAAAAAAUUGUUGCUCUUUCUUUUUUUCUUUUCCAAUACAUGUGAAGACAAGCUCA